GGGGUAUUUACAGUGAUAUACUAUUGAUCCAGUGGUUGUCCAACAGGAUUAAAGAGAUCUUGAAGAGACGGCAAAUCAGUAUUUGUGGUCCCCAUUUGCUCAUUGAUGUUCAGUACGUCUCUGGUGUCUCUAGCUGCUAUGUUGACUGCAUUGGGAUUUGGCAGUGCCGUUGUGCCUGUGGUUUGGCUUUCAAGCAUCUGUGCCACAUCAUCAUGUGGCCUCCCUUGCGCAUGGUCAAAAUUUGUAAGGAUGUCUUCAAAUUGGUCAAGAGCAGGGUUCGGAGAGAAGAGAAGACCUGUGUCUUCCAGCAAGGAAUUCUGAUAGCAAUCAGUGGACUUUUGGAGGGAUGCAAUGGCACCGGCAGGUGGUUGACUUGGGACUGUUGAUCCUCCCGCCUGAAUAGCGACUGCAGAAGAUGUCAAAGGAGCUUCGCCUUCAAUGCCGUUUUGUUCCCUUGUCUGAUCUAGUUUG